AUGGCAGAACACACUCGGAGAUGUUCCUUGCAGCCAUGGGUACUAAGGCCAAUGCCCCCAAGCACAGUCCACAAGCGUUGGCCCAAUGACAAGCCUUCUUCCAAAUGUGUUGUCAUAACCCACGAGGAGAUUCUCAGGGCUCCCUCUUCCCUGGAAGGCCGAAGAUGGCUAUUUCUGAAGAAAGGGCAAGAUGACUUCAGGAGAGGCUGUCCAUCCUGUAAAGAUCUGAUAAUUCCAGGAUCCAAGGAGGCCUUUCUCCCGAUGAUUAGUCGCAUGUACCAGCCCAGGGAUCCCACGAAGAUGCCCAAGAGUGCAACGUUGUAUUCGUCACUCUCUCAAGCCCAGCAAGCACGCAGGGCAUUCGUGAAAGCCAUCGAAGCCCAAAUAAGCCAGAAGCAUCCCUUGGCUCUCUACCCAAAUUUGGAAGAUAACAUAUCUGAAGAGCUCUUACUGGAGGUGCUGGAAUUGCUGGACCCUGAAAGGAAACUGGAGAGUACGUGGGAUUAUUGUGAGAACGGCAAGAAAAGAAUGGAAAUAGAGAAAUCCUUAAAGUCACCAAAACUCUCUAAAGACAUGAAAAUGCUCCUGGAACCUCCCAGGGUUCCUGGUGGCCAUCCAGAUCUUUUGCCUAUGAGGAAAAGGCGAAUCUCGAAGGAGUUGAUUGAAGCUGCUAUGCGGAGAUACAUACCCAAAGGAGUCUAUGAUUUCUGCAAAUGGGUUCAGAGUCUUGGAGACUUGGACAUUAAUGAAAACAUGGUAACAGAUCAAUUUGGUGUGGAGUUUGAGUGCAAACCAACUUAUACGGAUUCCUGCAUCAAGAAAGUAAACCUGAUUCCUGUGGAGCUCAGGUACUGCAGGAAACUAAGCAGAGUGAAGCAGAUAAGAUUCUCCCUCCAGGAAACAAGCUUUGAUAGAAGACGCCGGAAGCCACCUGAUCCGUAUAAAUCCCGCUGGGUGAAGAUAAGGUAUGGAGCUUGGUACCUGAGGCCUGAAUUGUGGAAAAAGCUAGUAAAUGAUGAGCCUCUGAUUGACCCCAAGGCCUUCGUUGAGAAACCUUAUCCCCCAGAUAUUAUUGAUGAACUUUAUGGAACAAUUGCAUUCAAGGAUUUCAUAAUGAGCAAAGGCUACAGUAUGCCAGCUAUCCUUGAGAAGUUUUUCUUCAGGAAGGGAUGGGAUUACCAUGAUGUUAAUACUCCUAUCCCGAGAGUAGUAAGAGCUCAUGAACUGAAAUAUGCGGAUGACGAUGAUGACGACGAAGAUGAUGACGAGAAAGAGAAAGAGAAAGAGAAGGAAAGAAAAGAAAGAGAGCACACGUUCGACUCCAUGGUCCUUCACUCACUAGCCAUGGGCUUCCCAAGAGGGCCCAGGCGCCGUCAGCGCCACCACUGCCUGCUCCGCAGAUCACUUACCUUUUCUAUGUUGCCGACAUUAUUGGCUAUUCCAUUCCCACCCGCAAUGGCCAUGGUGAUGGCUUCUCAGGUUCAGAACAACUACUGCCAAGAAUGUGAAGCUGCAAUCAACAACCAGAUUCACUUACAACUGUAUGCAGCCUACAUGUACCUCUCUAUGGCAUUUUACUGUGAUCGAGAGGAGGUGGCUUUGGGCCACUUUUCACGGUUCUUCUUGUGGCAGUCGCACAAGUGGACCCAGCAUGCCGAGAAACUCUUGUGGAUACAGAACCAGCGUGACAGCCACAUCUCGCUGAACCAAAUUGACAUGUCUGGAUACCACAACUGGCAUGGUGGCUUCCAGGUGAUGGAAUAUGCCUUUAAUCUAGAAAUGACCAUCACACAGAGCCUCCUGGAGCUAUAUCAUCUGGCUGCCAGAAAAAGAGAUACAGAACUCAGUGAAUUCUUGAAGCAUCAUUGCCUUCAACAGCAGAUGGACACCAUCGAGGAAUUACACAGUAUCCUGACUAAUCUGCGCAACAUGUGGGCUCUUGGAGACACCCUAGUUCAAUACCUCUUCAGCCAGCUGUCCCUCAGGAAGAAAGAGAAGUAA